CCGAGCAGACACAGGCGUUCAGCCGCACGGGCAAUUUCGCGGGCUCUGCAAAGUCAAGAAGAAGCCUCCUAAAACUGGCAGGAGGGGGAAAUGGAGGAGACAAGACUGAGAAAAAGGGGAGAGGACCAGAAGUCUAUCCAGAGUAAUGAACCCAAGACCACAAGUCUCCAAAAGGAGGUGGGCCUGCUCAGCGGCAUCUGCAUUAUUGUGGGCACCAUCAUCGGCUCUGGGAUCUUCGUCUCCCCCAAGGCUGUGCUCAGCAACACGGAAGCCGUGGGGCCCUGUCUCAUCAUAUGGGCGUCAUGCGGGAUCCUUGCAACACUGGGUGCUCUGUGCUUUGCGGAGCUUGGUACGAUGAUCACCAAGUCAGGGGGGGAAUACCCUUACCUGAUGGAGGCCUUCGGCCCCAUCCCUGCCUAUCUCUUUUCCUGGACCAGCUUGUUCAUCACAAAGCCCUCGUCCUUUGCCAUCAUCUGCCUCAGCUUUUCUGAGUAUGCGGCUGCGCCCUUCUACUCAGGGUGCAAACCUCCCGAACUUGUUGUUAAGUGCCUGGCCGCCGCCGCCAUCCUGCUCAUCACUACGGUGAACGCGCUGAGCGUGCGGCUAGGCAGCUACGUCCAGAACAUGUUCACAGCGGCCAAGCUCGUGAUCGUGGCCAUCAUCAUCAUCAGCGGACUUGUCCUCCUGGCCCAAGGAAAUACAAAGAAUUUUGAAAACUCUUUUGAGAGCUCGAAACUGUCCGUGGGAGCCAUCAGUCUGGCAUUUUACAAUGGACUCUGGGCAUACGACGGGUGGAAUCAACUCAAUUACAUCACAGAAGAACUUAGAAAUCCUUUCAGAAACCUGCCCCUGGCUAUCAUCAUCGGGAUCCCGCUGGUGACAGGGUGCUACAUCCUCAUGAACGUUUCCUACUUCACUGUGAUGACAACGACCGAGCUCCUGCAGUCACAGGCGGUGGCCGUGACAUAUGGUGACCGUGUCCUCUACCCGGCCUCUUGGGUCGUUCCCCUCUUUGUGGCGUUUUCGACCAUCGGUGCUGCUAAUGGGACCUGCUUCACCGCGGGCAGGCUCGUUUACGUGGCAGGCCGGGAAGGCCACAUGCUGAAAGUGCUCUCUUACAUUAGCGUCAAGCGCCUGACUCCCGCCCCUGCCAUCAUCUUCUAUGGUAUUAUAGCCAUUAUUUAUAUCAUCCCUGGUGACAUAAACUCAUUAGUCAACUACUUCAGUUUUGCUGCGUGGUUAUUUUAUGGCUUGACAACCCUGGGACUGGUCGUCAUGAGGUUCACCAGGAAAGAACUGGAAAGGCCUAUCAAGGUGCCCAUCUUCAUCCCGGUCUUGGUGACUCUUGUAUCCAUGGUUUUGGUUUUGGCCCCAAUCAUCAGCGAGCCUGCGUGGGAGUACCUCUACUGCGUCUUAUUUAUGCUGAGCGGCAUUAUAUUUUACUUCCUUUUUGUCCACUACAAGUUUGAAUGGGCUCAGAAGAUCUCAAAGCCCAUCACCAUGCACCUUCAGAUGCUGAUGGAAGUUGUCCCACCAGAGGAAGCUCCAGAGUAACUCAGUCUCCUUAGCCAAGUCCCAGCUGUGAUGAAUUUAUUUUUGUAAGCAAUAUUUGUAGUUAUUUCUUCCUGAUGUUUUUCUUAAGAAAAAAAUGUAUUCAGAUGUCUAUAUACUGGUGU